AUCUCCGAUGAACGCGCAAAAAAAUCAGACCCAUCAAAGAGGUUGCGCAUUGUUUGCAUGCAUUACGGCCGUAGGGCUUCCAGGUGCAGGUGCAGGUAUUGUGCAGGUGAGAUGCAAAAGACAACUGCACCAGGAUGUAAGUGGCGGGACGACUGCAGUAACAGCUUGGGUGUCAAUGGAGCUGUGUGGCCCCAACACCAGUGAGGGUGGAGGCUCCUUCUACCAGGUGAAGCAGCUUCCCUGCCAUGCUGUCUCCCAGUGCCGCCUUCAGGCCAGCGGGCCAGCUCCUUCCCCUCACACCCAAUCCUCUACCUCUUGGGUCAACCACGCGUCCUCGUCCCCGCGACACCGGGUACACGUAGCCAUGACGUCCGCCUCCUCCGCAGGGAAGGUGCUGGUGACGGGAGGUGGGGGAUACUUUGGCUUCAGGCUGGGGAGGACACUGGCCAGUCAGGGGAUGUCUGUCAUCCUCCUGGACAUGAGGAAGCCUCCACAUGACAUCCCCGACGGAGCCAUCUUCUAUCAGAAGGACAUCCGGGACUACUCGUCCCUCUUUGACUUGUGUGAUGGAGUGGACUGCAUCUUCCACUCGGCAGCUUACGGCAUGUCCGGCCCAGAACAGCUGAGGAAAAAGCAGGUGGAGUCAGUCAAUGUGGGCGGGACCAAUAAUGUCAUAAAUGUGUGCAAAGAAAGGAGCGUCCCCCGCCUGGUGUACACCAGCACCAUCAACGCAGUCUUUGCAGGAGAGCCGAUCGAGGACGGCGACGAGGCCUCCGUCCCCUCUGUGCCCCCCCACAUGCACAUCGAUCACUACUCCAGGACCAAAGCUAUGGCGGAGCAGAUGGUGCUGUCGGCCAACAGGUGCUCCCUCAAAGGUGGAGGUCUGUUGAGGACGUGCGUCCUGCGGCCUUGCGGCAUUUACGGCCCCGAGGAGCGGAGACACCUGCACAGAGUGAUGGUGAAUCUGGAGCGCCGCUUGUUCAGUUUCAGGCUGGGCGACCCGCGGGCCAGAAUGAACUGGGUUCAUGUUGACAACCUGGUGCUGGCCCACACGCUUGCCGCCGAGGCGCUCACCGUGAAGAAGAGCUGCAUCGCUAGUGGCCAGACUUAUUUCAUCAACGACGGACUUUCUGUCAAUCUCUUUGAGUGGUUGACACCUCUGUUUGAAAAACUGGGCUCCAGCCGGCCGCUGAUCAACUUGCCCGUGUGCGUGGUCUACUCAGCAGCCAUCCUGGUGGAAUAUUUGCACAUAUUCCUUCGACCGGUGGUAGAAGUGCCUCUCCUGUUCACCAGAAGUGAGGUGAGGAACAUAUCCGUAAGCCACACCUUUAAGAUAGACAAGGCCAGACGAGAGCUGGGGUACAGUCCCCGGUCCUACAGCCUGGUAGACUCUGUGGACCAGUACCUCCAAUCCCGAGAAGCUGGCGGGAAGACCCCCCGGCUGCACCGGCCCCCCGUGGUACUGCUGAUGAUGAUGAUGGCUUUCAGUGUUAUGUUGUUCCUCUUGUUCAGCUGCGUCCAGGGCCGGCUCCUGGCGUAAACACUCUUAUGUGGUGGUGGAGGGCCACUACCACAACUAAUACACAGGUGUGGUGGUGGAGGGCCACUACCACAACUAAUACACAGGUGUGGUGGUGGAGGGCCACUACCACAACUAAUACACAGGUGUGGUGGUGGAGGGCCACUACCACAACUAAUACACAGGUGUGGUGGUGGAGGGCCACUACCACAACUAAUA